AUGACGGAUGUUAUGAGUAUUAGGGAGCAGCAGCACUGUACCCUGCAGUACUUUGCUGUUGACCUGGCUGCUGCGGCUUUCGCUUCUGCUUUGGUCACUCCCUGGGUUACAGCCAUUGACAAGCUCGUCUUCAACAAGGCAACCAGCAACACCUCAGUCAUGGGCUCCAUGCGCAAAUGGGCUUCCAAGCCCAAGGCAACCUUUGCUUCGCUCUUCAUACCCUUCCUCGUCUACUUCGGAACCUACGCUACUGCCAACAUGUUCGACUCCUUUAACGCUGUUCAAUACGAUCCCGACCCUUCCAUCGUCUGCUCGUCUCCCGCCAAAUUCGCCGCAACCACGACCGUCAGUUCUGGAUUAAGCAUAUUCAAAGACGCCUACUUUUCUCGGAUGGCUUGUGGCGCUGGGACGCCUCUGCUUAGUUAUGCCCUAUUCACUCUUCGAGAUGCAGUGACUAUAUACGCCUCGUUCAACCUGCCUACUAUGAUCGCUCCCAAGCUUGCCGAAUUCCCUUUCGCGUCUAUCACUCCAUUUGCCGACAUUUUCAAGUCUGAUGAUUCGAGACUCAAGAUGGCUCAGCUGUUUAUGCCUGCUGCGUCUCAGGUAGUAAGCACGCCGAUUCAUCUGCUUGGUCUAGAUGUGCAUGCUCGACAAGUUCGUAUGACUAUCCGCGAACGUGUGGGUGUAAUCAAGCACUAUGCUGGAUUUGCUACACCUCUACGUAUGAUACGUGCUUUGCCUUCUUAUGGUAUUGGCAGUGUGGCCAAUACUGGUUUUAGGCGAAGCAUGAUGACCCAAGUGGUUUGA